AUGGGGGACUCUAAAGUGAAAGUGGCGGUGCGGAUCCGGCCGAUGAACCGACGAGAACUUGACUUGCAUACCAGAUGUGUGGUGGACGUUGAUGCAAACAAGGUUAUUCUUAAUCCUGUAAACACUAAUCUUUCCAAAGGAGAUGCCCGAUGGGCUGUGUCAGAUGAUUUUGUGCUGACCCUGGAAGCGGAGAGGACAGGUGACAGAGACAGCGCCCGGCGUGAUGCUUUGCGUCAAGAUGAUGUUUUCAAGUGCCUUGGGGAGAAUAUCCUUCAGAAUGCUUUUGAUGGCUAUAAUGCAUGUAUUUUUGCCUACGGACAGACUGGGUCUGGAAAGUCUUAUACCAUGAUGGGCACAGCUGACCAACCUGGACUAAUCCCAAGACUUUGUAGUGGGCUCUUCGAACGAACUCAAAAAGAAGAAAAUGAGGAGCAGAGUUUCAAAGUAGAAGUGUCCUACAUGGAAAUUUAUAAUGAAAAAGUCCGAGACCUCCUUGAUCCCAAAGGAAGCCGUCAGACGUUGAAAGUCAGAGAACACAGUGUGUUGGGACCCUAUGUCGAUGGACUUUCUAAACUGGCUGUCACAAGCUACAAGGAUAUUGAGUCUUUGAUGUCCGAGGGUAACAAAUCUCGCACGGUUGCUGCCACCAACAUGAAUGAGGAGAGUAGCCGAUCCCAUGCGGUUUUCAAAAUCACUCUCACACAUACUCUCUAUGAUGUGAAGUCUGGGACAUCUGGGGAGAAAGUGGGCAAACUGAGCUUGGUCGAUUUAGCCGGCAGUGAACGAGCGACAAAAACUGGAGCUGCCGGCGACAGGCUGAAGGAAGGCAGCAACAUCAACAAGUCCCUCACAACCCUCGGCCUGGUUAUCUCAGCCCUGGCAGAUCAGAGCGCUGGCAAAAACAAGAAUAAGUUUGUUCCCUAUCGCGACUCCGUUCUCACUUGGCUGCUCAAAGACAGUCUUGGGGGCAACAGCAAGACAGCUAUGGUGGCUACGGUGAGCCCGGCGGCUGAUAACUAUGACGAAACCCUCUCAACCCUGCGGUACGCGGAUCGAGCCAAGCACAUCGUUAACCAUGCCGUGGUGAACGAGGAUCCGAACGCGCGGAUUAUCCGGGAUCUCCGUGAAGAAGUUGAGAAACUGCGGGAGCAGCUGACCAAAGCAGAGGCAAUGAAAUCUCCAGAGCUAAAGGACCGGCUGGAAGAAUCUGAAAAGCUAAUUCAGGAAAUGACGGUGACCUGGGAGGAGAAAUUAAGAAAGACGGAGGAGAUCGCACAGGAGAGACAGAAACAGCUCGAGAGCCUUGGAAUAUCUCUGCAGUCUUCCGGAAUCAAAGUUGGGGAUGACAAGUGUUUCCUGGUGAACCUGAACGCUGACCCUGCGCUGAACGAACUCCUGGUGUACUAUCUCAAGGAACAUACAUUGAUAGGGUCAGCAAAUUCCCAAGAUAUCCAACUGUGUGGAAUGGGAAUUCUUCCAGAACAUUGUAUUAUAGACAUCACUCCAGAAGGCCAGGUUAUGCUGACUCCCCAGAAGAAUACCAGAACAUUUGUAAAUGGAUCUUCUGUCUCUAGUCUGACACAGCUGCACCAUGGGGACAGGAUAUUAUGGGGAAACAACCAUUUCUUCAGACUCAAUUUGCCUAAAAAGAAAAAGAAAGCAGAGCGAGAGGAUGAGGAACAGGACACCUCCGGGAAGAACGACAGCAGUUCCGAGCAGCUAGAUGUAGACGGAGACUCCUCCAGUGAGGUGUCCAGUGAAAUCAACUUCAAUUACGAAUACGCCCAGAUGGAGGUGACCAUGAAGGCCCUGGGCAGUAACGAUCCAAUGCAGUCGAUACUGAAUAGCCUAGAACAGCAGCACGAAGAAGAGAAACGGUCUGCACUAGAGCGCCAGAGGCUCAUGUACGAACACGAGCUGGAGCAGCUCCGGAGGCGGCUAUCUCCCGAGAAGCAGAACUGCCGCAGCGGGGACCGCUUUUCCUUGCAGUCGCCCAGCGCUCAGCAGCGCCUGCGGCAGUGGGCUGAGGAGAGAGAAGCAACAUUGAAUAACAGCCUGAUGCGGCUGAGGGAACAAAUUGUCAAAGCCAACCUGCUGGUGCGAGAAGCUAGUUACAUUGCAGAGGAGCUGGAUAAAAGAACAGAGUAUAAAGUUACCCUACAGAUUCCAGCCUCGAGCCUGGAUGCCAACAGGAAGCGAGGUUCUCUUCUCAGUGAACCUGCCAUCCAGGUGAGAAGAAAAGGAAAAGGGAAGCAGAUUUGGUCUUUGGAAAAACUGGACAACAGGUUAUUGGAUAUGAGAGACCUUUAUCAGGAGUGGAAAGAGUGUGAAGAAGAUACCCCGGUAAUACGGUCUUACUUCAAGCGUGCUGAUCCGUUCUACGACGAGCAGGAAAACCACAGUCUCAUUGGGGUGGCCAAUGUCUUCCUCGAGUCCCUUUUCUAUGAUGUCAAGUUACAAUACGCCGUCCCUAUCGUCAACCAGAAAGGAGAGGUGGCAGGUCGGCUGCACGUGGAGGUGAUGCGCAUCAGCGGUGACGUUGGGGAGAGACUUGCAGGGGGCGAGGAGGCCGCAGAGGUCUCCUUUGAGAAGGAGACCCAGGAGAACAGACUGGUCUGCAUGGUUAAAAUCCUCCAGGCCACCGGGUUGCCCCAGCAUCUGUCCCACUUUGUGUUCUGCAAAUACAGCUUCUGGGAUGAGCAGGAGCCCCUGAUCGUGGCGCCUGAAGUGGACACCUCCUCCUCCUCCCCCGUCAGCAAGGAGCCUCACUGCAUGGUCGUCUUUGAUCAUUGCAACGAGUUUUCUGUUAACAUCACUGAAGACUUCAUCGAGCAUCUCUCAGAGGGAGCGCUGGCGAUUGAAGUAUAUGGACAUAAAAUGAACGACCCGCGCAAAAACCCGGCCCUGUGGGACUUGGGAAUCAUCCAGGCAAAAACACGGAGUCUUCGGGACAGACUAGAUCGAGAUUUAGAGAGACUUCGUAGAAAAUGGCUAAAUGCGUUAACGAAACGUCAGGAGUACCUGGAUCAGCAGCUACAAAAGCUUGUCAGUAAACGUGAUAAAACAGAGGAUGAUGCUGACCGCGAAGCACAACUUCUAGAGAUGCGGUUGACCCUAACUGAGGAAAGGAAUGCGGUGAUGGUCCCCUCUGCUGGCAGUGGGAUUCCAGGGGCCCCAGCAGAAUGGACACCAGUGCCUGGGAUGGAAACCCACAUUCCUGUUAUAUUCCUUGACUUAAAUGCUGAUGAUUUCAGCUCUCAGGAUAAUCUCGAUGACCCAGAAGCUGGCGGGUGGGAUGCUACCCUGACGGGGGAAGAGGAAGAGGAGUUCUUUGAGUUGCAGAUUGUAAAACAUCAUGAAGGAGAGGUUAAAGCAGAAGCCUCCUGGGACUCCGCGGUGCACGACUGCCCCCAGCUCAGCAAGGGCACGCCCGGCGACGAGCGGGUGUUUCUGAUCGUGCGCGUCACCGUGCAGCUCAGCCACCCCGCCGACAUGCAGCUGGUGUUACGCAAGAGAAUCUGCGUCCACGUUCACGGCCGGCAGGGUUUUGCUCAGAGUCUCCUAAAAAAGAUGUCUCAUCGAAGUUCUAUUCCUGGCUGUGGAGUGACUUUUGAAAUUGUCUCCAAUAUUCCAGAGGAUGCACAGGGCGUGGAGGAGCGAGAAGCGCUCGCGAGGAUGGCCGCCAACGUGGAGAACCCGGCGUCGGCCGACGCCGAGGCUCACAUCGAGAAGUACCUGCGCAGCGUGCUGGCCGUGGAAAACCUGCUCACCCUGGACCGCCUCCGCCAGGAAGUUGCGGUGAAGGAACAGUUAACAGGAAAAGGGAAGUUGAAUAGGAGGAGCAUUAGCUCUCCAAAUGUGAACAGAUGGUCUGGAAGCCGACAAGAUCUCAUCCCAUCAUACAGUCUAGGCAGCAACAAAGGCCGGUGGGAAAGUCAGCAGGACGUAUCCCAGACGACAGUGUCCAGUGGAGUGGCUCCAGUCCCCCCUGUCCUGCCUGUUUGUCCCCAAAAUAACCAUUCUCCGGAUCCAGGACACAGUAGCUUAGCAGCCUCCUACUUGAAUCCAGUGAAGUCCUUGGUGCCACAGAUGCCAAAGCUCCUGAAGUCUCUCUUUCCUGUGCGGGACGACAAGAGGGGCAAACGGCCAUCUCCCCUGACACACCAGCCCGUGCCCCGCAUCAUGGUGCAGUCUGCCUUCCCGGACGCCGGGGUGACCAGGAUGGAGGAGGCUCAGCCAGAGAGCGUGGGUGCUGGCGCGGCCCCCGAGGUGCUGGUGCAGGUGGCGGCCCCCGCAGUGAGGAUCUGCGACAAGCCAGCUAAAGUGCCUUCCCCGCCGCCGGUCUCCGCGGCCACCCCGAGCCCGGAGGGGCAGGACGGGCCCCCCAGCCCCCUGAGCGAGGCCUCGAGCGGGUACUUCUCCCACAGCGUCUCCAUCGCCACGCUGUCCGACGCCCUUGGCCCCGGCCUGGACACCGCGGCCCCGGCGGGGGGCCCCGCGCCCGGCGGCCAGGCCGAGACCCCGCUGCCGUCUGCUGCCUCGGGGGCGCAGAGUGUGCCGGCCGCCCGGCUGGACGGCCCGAGCCCCGCAGCCCCGACGCCCGAGGCCCAGGCCACGCCCGCCGCCCGGCUGGGCCCGGAGCCCGCGCCCGCCUCCCCGUUCCGCGUGCGCAGGGUGCGCACGGCCGAGCUGCAGUCCUUCUCGCGCAUGCUCGGCGCCGACGCCGGCCCCGCCGCCGCGGCCCACGGGGACCUGCUGGUCGCUGGGGCCCAGGCCCCGGGCAGGCCGGACGUUGCGUCGGAUUCCGAGGAAGGCGACGAAGUCCCCGAGUGGCUCAAAGAGGGGGAGUACGUCGCCGUGGGCACCAACAAGCUGGGCAUCGUGAGAUACGUCGGGCCCACGGACUUCCAGGAGGGGACGUGGGUCGGCGUGGAGCUGGACUUGCCCGCAGGGAAGAACGACGGCUCGGUCGGCGGGAAGCAGUACUUCCGCUGCAGCCCCGGCUACGGGCUGCUGGUGAGGCCCGGCCGGGUGCGCAGGGCCACGGGUGCCGCGAGGAGGCGCAGCGCGGGGAUCAGGCUGCAGGGCGCCUCCGAGGCUCGCCGGAGCGCCACCCUGUCAGGCUCCGCCACCAACCUGGCCUCACUGACGGCUGCCCUGGCCAAGGCUGACAGGAGCCACAAGAACCCCGAGAACCGGAAAUCCUGGGCCAGCUGAGCCGGCUGCCCCAGGAGCACUGUGCCGGGAGCCCUGUGGUGACAGUGGGGAGCCUGGCACCCACAGGCCCCUCCUGGCUGGGUAGCAGAUGCUUUUUGCACAUCGCAGGGCUGGUGACCUCCCCGUUUCCCCCGUCCUCCCUGGGCCUCUGGAAGCUUUAUCUCCUCUCUACCCAGAGGAUGAGGGGGCACCUCGGCCUCCCCAGGUGGGGAUCGCAGGUUCCAGGCGCCCACAGGGGUCGUGGGAUUGUGGGAGUGAGGCCCCAGGUGGCACAAGGCCUGGCCACCUCCCUGCGUGCCUGUGCCUAGAGCUUUCAUUUCUCUUUCCUAUUUGUCUGUUCUGGUGACCCGAGGAAUGUCGUCAUUUAAACCUUAACCUUAACUAGUGCCUUUCCUCCUCCUGCGGAGGGCAAGCCCACCCUGACCUCCUGGCUGGCGCCUCAGGCCCCCAGUAACAGUCCCCUAAGUGCCUCUGGCCUCCGGGCCAUGGCCCCGUGUGCCCCGAGUGGGGGCUGUGGCCUGCGCCCCGCUCCUGCCGCGCUCCUCUGACAGGGUUUCUUAGAGUUUCUUCGCGGGUGUUCUGUUGUCUUUACACCUAGAAAGUCUUUUCUGUUUGCCAUUUAUUCCCUUAACAGAAUGCUUGGAAUAUAUUUAUUUAUAUUUAUUUUUUCAAAAUCAGAAAUCAUUUGCAAAGCCACAAUCGUCUGCCUGGGCGCGGGUGGCCCAGGGCCUGCCGUGCACGUCACCAGCCUCUGUCGCCGCUCGGGAGCUGCCAUCUCCUGCCCUGAGUGGAGGUUCCUGGGGCAGCCAGCGGACGGAGCCCCGUCCUCCUGUCCCUCUGCUGCAGGUGCGCACGGCCUUGCUCUGACUUAGAUGAAAGCAAACGCUUGGGGAGUCACGUUGCUGUGCUUCCGUAGUCAGUGACGAAGCUAGAGGCACUCACUACUUUAUUUGGUGCAACUGUGGUUUCUGGGAAGGUGCUCAGUCCAUUUUAGCUUCUUGGCAAUUCCCAAGCCCUGACCCCCUCCCCCCACCUGGGGAACGAGGCUCGUGGAGGGAGAGCCCGCCCUGGUUUUCCCUUGAUCCUCGCAGCAGCCAUGAGCAGGCCCGCCAGGCGCCCGGGCUCUCUGCGAAAGGCGCUGGCUGGACAACAGGGAGCAGCCAGGGUGUCCCCUACCACCUUGCUGGGGUGCCUCUGGGCCUGGGGCCUGUGGCACCAGCCUUCAGGUGGGGUCAGGGUCUGUGUGUGGAAGGCAGGGGAGCGUGGCAGAGGACACACCCUGACAGUCCUGGGCCGCCCCCUGCCACAGUGCUGGGGACAGGAGCCUUGCUUGAGGAUUCGCACAGGUACUCUUGGCACCCAUUUCUGGUCCUCAUGUUGAGACGGCGCUAGAAAGCUCUGCUGAGGAAUCUCUGGUUCUCUGCGGACUUGACGCUCCUCUCAAGGAGGACGGCUGGGCUCCCUGUCUCUGGCUGGGGCUGCCAGCCUGGUGGCCCCUGAGAACACUACAGUGUCACCCCAGCACCUGCAGCCCCCAGCCGGCUCAGGAGCAGACAGGAGCCCCUGCUCGGUGUCAUGAGUCUAGCCUUAUGUGCACUCGAGACUUCUUUCUGUCCAGAAUCGAGCCAGAGGCUGGUCCUGGCCGCCGCCAGGAGGGGUGGUCUCCCUGGCAGGCCCCACGGCUGCCUUGGGUGCCCUGCGCUGCACAGCCCCUGGCUGGGAGUGGGUGUCUUUCCCUUUCCCCAGUUGCAGGGCCAGACACAAGGGGCCCGGCAGGAAGGAUGGUGCUCCAGCCCAGUCUGGGACAGUGCCACCCUGGUGCCCCAUCAGCUCCGCCCCCACAGAUGUCCCUGACCCACGAGGGCGGAUGAGGCAGCCUCCCAAAGACAGCACCGCGGGAGGGUCUGGCAGGGGUGCGUGUGUUGCUGUCCUGCCUCCUUUCUUCUGCACUGUGACCGGCAUGAGCCUCAGGGCUGGAGGGAGGCACUGACCGAAGGACCCACUGCAAGAUGCGCGUGGGGUCACUGUUGCCGUCCGCCGCCCGCCUGGGCGGCCCGGAUCCGCUCCAGGCCUGCUCUGCUAGAUGACUAGCGGGGCUGUUGGAGGGCAGCUGCCCCGCCUGUCUUCCCGCUCUCUGGUGCAGACUGAUGGGAACUUGCAGCCAGGAAAGGAGGGACGUCACUACAGCGGUAAGCCCCGCCAGUCUUGGCGCGGUGUUCAGCGGGCGGCAGGUGCGGUCUGGAGGGUGGGCUGGGCGCCGUUUCCUCCGUCUUCCCUGCUGCCUCACUGAUCCACAGACCUGACUUAGCGUGUCUGCUCUGGGACUUUCUUGACCCCAUUCUUGGCCCCAGGCUUACAGCAGCUCGGGGACACUUCCUGGGGCCUCUGCCUCCCACUCUGCAUGCCCAGGGCCACCACCGGCCCUGCCACCUCCCGUGCGGCCCUCAGGCCCUCAUGAAGGACAGAGGCCGCAAGGGUAGAAAGGCCUGUUCCCACCCCGAGGACUGUGUCGGGCCAUGGGGGUGGGGGGCAGGGGAUGGGCGUGUAAGCAGCAUCCCUGGUGCCCAGGCCUGACUGGGGGGGCAGCAGGGCAGCAGUGAGGAGGGGGAGGCAUUUGGGGCCCACCAGGUCGGGCCUGGUGUGUUCAGUGAGAGAACUGAGCCGGGAACGUGACUGCCGUAGCGUCCAAAAGGCUUAGGUGUCCCCCCUGUCCCACCCCCCCGCCACUACUCCCCGGCAUUUCCUCUUGCCUUAAAAGCUCCCUGAAUGUGACGUGGUCCAGAAGUCCUGAGCGUGUGUUUCUUUUCCUCGCUGAGACUUGCCCUGCCUGUGUGCACGUGUGUGCUUGGUGGUGAGGCCCCCAGGGGCCGGCUGGAUGGGAGUGUCCGACUGCAGUGCCUUAGCUCCGGGGACUGGCGUGUGGCCUGGGCUUCACGCCUGUCACCGGCCGGUUGUACCCAAAAGCAUCUUUCUCUCAGAAAAGUCUCUGGUGCCUUCCUGGUGGGCUGCUGACACUACUGGUGUUGGGAGGGUCUUAGGAUGUCUGUGUGGAUUUUUGUAAAUACGAUGGGUUCACAUUCAAAGAAGUGACUUUGAUUCCGGGAUUAUAUUGAUUUGGAAUCCAAAGACUGUGUAAUGAACUGUAAAGACUUUAAUGAUUUGUGUUGUAUAAUGAACUAAACCACUGUAAUUGUGUACCAUAUAUGCCUUUCCAUCAAAUGACCA